GCGUGUAACAACUGCGGAAGUGAGAAGAGCCGUGAGAGCGUCCGUAAGUGCUAGAGGACUGCUCUGUUUAUUAUAUUUCACUUUCGGCUAAACCUCCGUCAAGAUGUCAGGUUUCGACAACAGUAACGCGUUCGACAACACAGCAGACGUCAAUCCUUUUCAGGAUCCUUCUGUCACACAAGUGACCCAUUCUGGAGUGGAUCAUAUGCAGCAAUUCCAACCUUACCCUGACAAUAACUCUGGAGAACUGACGGGCACCACUAUCCCAGCCUCUACUGUCCCGUCCCAGCCUGCUGUGCUGCAGCCCUCGGUGGAGCCGAGCCCUCAGGCAGCCGCAGCCGCAGGGCAGGCCAAUCUGCUGAGACAGCAGGAGGAGCUGGAGAGGAAAGCAGCCGAGCUCGAGCGCAGAGAACAGGAGCUGCAGAGCAGAGAGAGGAUUACAGGCAAAGAGAACAACUGGCCUCCAUUACCUAGAUUCUUUCCAAUAAAGCCAUGCUUCUACCAGGACUUCUCAGAGGAAAUUCCAGAGCAACACAGGCGGCUGUGUAAAAUGAUGUAUUACCUGUGGAUGCUGUAUUGUGUGACAUUGUUUCUGAACGUUCUGGCGUGUUUGGCUUACUUCACCGCUGAAGCUGCUAACGGAGUGGAUUUUGGCCUCUCCAUUCUGUGGUUCAUCCUCUUCACCCCCUGCUCCUUCCUCUGCUGGUUCCGGCCCAUCUACAAGGCUUUCAAGUCCGACAGCUCCUUCAGUUUCUUUACCUUCUUCUUUAUCUUCUUUGCCCAAAUUGCUGUGAUUAUCAUUCAGUGUGUCGGUAUUCCUCAUUGGGGCAACAGCGGUUGGAUUUCGUCCUUCACCAUGGUCAACAACCACCUGGCUGUGAGCGCAGUGAUGUUCGUGGUUGCGGCUUUCUUCACCGUGUGCGCCGUGCUAUCGGUCAUCCUUCUUAAAAUGGUUCACUCUCAUUACCGCCACACCGGUGCCAGCUUCCAGAAAGCGCAGCAGGAGUUUUCUCAGGGUGUCCUCACCAACCGCACGUUCCAGACGGCGGCAGCCAACGCAGCCACCUCAGCAGCCCAGAGUUCCUUCCAGAGGAACUAAAUUCAGCAGAGAACAGCGCGAUAUUUCCCUCAGCCACCUCAGAGCCACAGUGCCGUAGCGUACGCCAGCGCAGGCUGUGUAGCUCCCCAUAAUGCUUUGGCCUUUGGACUGCAGAGACAACACUUUUUGGGAGUUCACAUAGAGAUGUAUGUGAAGCUGAGGGGAUGAAGUUACAGCACU